AUGCAGAUAGGGUCAACAGUCAUCGUGAAUUCCGAGGCACAUCCUCAUCAGGGGGGUUUCUUUGUUCAGGAUGGAGGUCCGGGUUUAGCUUCAUCCACCUCAAAUCACGUUGCACUGCAGCAGCCUGUGAAAAAACCAACCCGGCAAUGGGCUGCUUGGACACACCAAGAGGAGGAAAGUUUCUUUGCUGCUUUACGACAAGUUGGCAAGAAUUUUGAAAAGAUAACUUGUCGUGUUCAAAGUAAAAACAAGGAUCAGGUCAGACAUUAUUAUUAUCGUCUUGUGAGGCGUAUGAACAAGCUGCUGGGUCCAGGAUUAUAUUUGGAUUCCAAAAAUUCUAAAGAUACUAAUGCUGCUAUGCUUCGAUGGUGGUCGUUGCUGGAAAAGUAUAGCUGCAAAGCAUCAAAGCUUCACUUGAAGCCCCGAAGAUUUAAGAUCUUUAUAGAAGCGUUGGAACACCAACUCCUGAAAGACCGGAAGAAGAGUGUUAGGAAACGGCCUUCUCAGGGGGAAAACUGCCCUCCUAAUGCUCCAAGCACACUUUCCAAUCAGAAUAGACCAUCAGGACAUGAUAAUCGCACAGUUAAACUGGUUCUUGUUGACAGUCACAAUAUUCAGAAAUUAGGACCUGGAAAAGCGUCAUUAAAGCGCAAUGUAAAUAUAGGUGUUAAUCGUAGCAACAAAGGAGACUCAAGUACCAUGAAACCUGCUAGACAACGACGAAAACCAGGUGCUCUCUCGUCAGCAGCAUAUAAAAAGUGGGAAAAGGCUGCAAUUGCUGGGGUUUCUUUGGUUGCUGAUGCUGCUGAGCACCUAGAGCGGGCAGUAACUGAUAAAGAAGUUGAGCAAGACAGAAGUGCUGCAGGGCAAAGUAGCGCUGUUCCUGUUGGAAAAGUUAUGCCGCCUAUGCCCGCUUUUGUACAAAAUAUUGAUGCAGAGAGCGGCAUAAACAAUUGUAUGAAACUUAAGCUCCAGUUGUUCCCAAUUGACGAUGGUACUAGAAGAGCCUUGGAAAAUGAUAAACAUAAUCCAUACUUGGAACUCACUCUUAGUACUCGGAAAAAGAUAUCAUCAGUUUUGGAUCAUCUAAAUCGCAAAUGGGGAAAUUCGAAUGUAGCAUCAGGAGAGCUAACCCUGUUCCAUUACAGUGUCCAGAGGGAUAACCUGAUGGGUUAUCCUAGAUGGACGCAAGACUCAAUUGUCAGCGCGGCAGAUGUAUAUGCAACAAUUGGAUGCCCUCCAGUUUUCCGUUUAAGGUAUGGUUGGUUCUCCAAUGCUGAGCUUGGGUCUGUUGGAUUGCAAACACCUGUAGCAUCUUGCAGCAAUCAAGCUGAAGAGCCCAAUGAGAUAAAUGGCUACAUCUGCGCAAGUCCAAACAAUAACUUUGUGGGGGACCCUACGGAAAUAACGUCAUGGCAUAAAAAGGAGGCUGGUGAUCAGAGUACCUCAAGACAUCGGGGAGAUGUGGAUGACCUGAGAUCAAUUACUGGCACUACACUAUCAGCCGGGGUGUGGGCGGAUAGCCUAACCAACAUAAGCAUGGGAGAUCUACUUUCAGGAGUAUCUCAUGAUUUAGAUACUAACUGCAUCGAUCCACCUGUUGCUGAAGGCUCCCAAUGCCCUCAGCAGAUCCCAUUUAGCUGUGAUUCGUUUGAUGCUGUGAUUGCUGCUCAUAUUUCUAGACAGAACAAGAUGGGAUGCCAACCUACUAUGGAAUGUCAUGUAUCUUCCAUCUGGGAUGCUGAAGAAACAUGUGAUGCUUUCUCAUUUCAAAAGAAUUCUGUUUUCUGUCAAGAGGUUUCCAGUUUAUCUGCUGUUGCUCCUCCAGGGGCAAGCUCAGCGGGCUCUGAUUGCAUGGUUGAGGAGAUACCUGUAGUAGAGAGGCCCAUUGAUGAUCCCCCUCAAGGAGGUCCUACAGAUGAAUGUCAGUCUGAUCCACGUAUCCUUGAGAGUUCAGUAAAAGAUUUCAACGCUUUAACAGAUAUAUACUGGCCUGAAUCUUUAGGACCAUUAGAUUUGGAGAUGCCAUCUUCCAAAUACCAUAGUGAAGAUUUUGUUCUGAGUGAUAGUCUUAGUGGGUUGAACCGCCUUAUUGCCAGCAGUCUCGAUGCAUUUCAAAAUUGCUCCUUUUUUGGGGCAAACAAGAGAGAACCAACAGCAUCAGUUGAAGCUCGAGAAACGGCAUCCUUUUCAGAUUUUAAAAUUGGCAAUGGAGUUUGA